UGAUUCAGACCUGGCAGAUCUAUCAUCACUGCUUCUAGCUCCUAGCCUGUCUACUGCUUUGCUUGGCAUUGCUUGGUCGAUUCGUGAUUGGCGAUUGGAUUUAAUUUAGAGGAAGCACCGGUAACUGAAGUGAAUGUAGUGUCGGCUUCAGCAAUCAAUUGCUAACGCCCAAGCUAUUCUCUUGGAGGGAUUUUUGUCAUUUACAAGGCAGAUUUCUCUUUAAAAGGACGAGGCCUUAAAACAUUCUUGCUGUGACAAAUUGCUUAAAAUACAAUCAGUAUCAGUGUCAGUAUAAAAUUUGAGAAGAAGCACCGGCUUAUCGUUUACAUCGGUUGGUUUGCCUGGUCUACUAGUCUAGUUACACAACAGCCACAACACUAAAAGAAGGAAAAUCAAAGCUGAAAUGGGAGAAUCCAAAAGCGACUUGUUGACUGUGCCCGUCCUGAUCGGGGUGGGCGUGGUGGCUGUGACCGCCAUCCUGGCCAAGAUCUUUCUGCCGGGGCUGUUCGGGGGAAAGAAGAAGAGCUCCCCCGUCACCCUCAAGGACUCCACACUCAAGUACCCCCUGAAGCUCAUUGAUAGAGAGGUGCUGAGCCCAGACACCCGUCGCUUCCGCUUUGCUCUCCCCUCCUCGGAUCACAUCCUGGGACUUCCUGUUGGCCAGCACAUUUACUUGACAGCUCGCAUUGACGGUCAACUGGUUAUCCGACCAUACACACCUGUGUCCAGCGAUGAUGACAAAGGCUACAUGGACUUGGUCAUCAAAGUCUACUUCAAAAAUGUCCACCCCAACUUCCCGGACGGAGGAAAAAUGUCCCAAUAUCUGGAAGCCAUGGCCAUCGGAGAUUAUAUUGACGUCCGUGGACCCAAUGGCUUGCUGCAAUACACUGGAAGAGGCACUUUCAGCAUCAAACCGGACAAGAAGUCUGAGCCUCAGGUGAAGAAAGCCAAGAAGAUUGGAAUGAUCGCUGGUGGAACAGGUAUCACCCCAAUGCUUCAGUUGGUCAGGCAGGUGUUCAAAGAUCCAGAGGACCAAUCAGAACUCUGGCUUCUCUUUGCUAAUCAGACGGAGAAGGAUAUCCUGCUGAGAUCAGAGCUGGAGGAGGUGCUGAACCAGCAGCCUGACCGCUUCCACCUGUGGUACACGCUGGACAGACCCGAAGCUGGCUGGAAGUACAGCUCUGGAUUCAUCAACGAAGAGAUGAUCAAGAAGCACCUUCCGGCUGCCGGGCCGGAUUCGCUGGUGGUCAUGUGUGGACCUCCGCCCAUGAUCAACUUUGCCUGCAUCCCCAACCUGGACAAGCUGGGCUACAGCCCCGAGACACGGUUCAGCUACUGAAAAAAUCUGGAGCUUACUAAAAUGCGUACUGUCAGAGAGACGUGUACAUUUUGUUCCCUCCUCAAGUCCUCAGAUUGGCUGGGUCUUGGUUAGUGAUGUGAAGCAAAAUAGAGAGCUUUAUGGAAUAUGCCUGGACUUUGAUUGAGAAAGAGAGACUGUAAAUCUUGGAAUGAUUGAACUUGAUUUGUUUUUACUUUUUUUUCCUGUUAUCUGUAUGAAGUUAAGAGAGAAAGGCGCUUAAUGAAACGUUUUUGUCUAGCAGAAUUUUGUUAAUUUAUUUGUACAAGAAAGUAGAGAAAAUAAUAUAGCUCUUUAUGCAGAACGAUGAAAAUGUAAAUUCUGUCUGUAAUUAGCUUGAAAUGAAUAAACAUCUAAGGGGUGUGAAAUGUGGAGUUUUAAGGUGAUGAUGAAGUGCUUUUGUUAAACUUUAAAGCAUACUGUACCUGGUAUUUUUUUAAGAAUCUUUUCAUUUUCAGUGGAGUGUAUAAUUGUAGGCCUUUCAUGGGUAAAAACAUUUUUAGAUAUUUUUUACUUUCUGACAAUCAAAUGUUAAUACAUGGUUGCAGAAAAUUUUGAAACAUUCAUUAUCAUUUUCUGAGAACUUUCAUUGUUGUUUGUGCAGAAUGUAUAAAUAAUCAGUUUGUUAAUCCAUUUGUUUCGUAGAGGAGUCAUGAAAGUGGUUGGGAUAAGACUGAAGCUGUGUGGUGUUUGUGCUGUGAAUUAUUAUUUUUUUCCUUUCUGUUUUCCCUUUUUUGUUUGAGUUCUUUAUUGGUAUGUAUGGAUGCUGCUAGCCAAAAUGCAUUAUGAGGUAAAAGUGGUGUACCAAAUUUCUUCUUUGUUCUGGUUUGGAGACAAAGUGUACUUUUGUAACUACUGAUUCUGAAUAGUUUUGAAGUAACCAAGUCAGUAAAUUGAUACGAGCUUAUUUCAUUGUCGAAGAAUGGGCAUUUUUUCGGUCUUAACAGUGGUGCUAAAGUGCGUAAUUUUACAUUUAUCUUUUAUGUACUUGAAGUGGCAAUUUUCUGUGGCAUUUUAUAGGAGGUGUGAAGACAAUUUCUCUUCUUUAUUAUACUCUUCUGUUACCUGUAUGCCAGGGAGAAUGUCUGUGUGACUGCAUGACAGGAUAUUCUGACAUAGUAUGGUGCAUCAUAUUACAGCUAUUUCCUUCAUGUAUAUAUAUUUCUUUAACAAAUAUCAUCAUUCACAGACUAGGCCAAACAAAAAACAGAUUGAGUGAGACACUGGAGGCCUGCAAAUUUUGUUUGUGACUUGGUAACAUCUGUGUGACCAUGUGCAUUGUCAAGGUAUAUAACGUUCAAGCUUGUUCAAGAGUGGAAGAAUUUUAGAAACAAGAAAUGAGAGAGUUUAUUUGUUUAUUCAGAUGGCUAAAUGAAGGUUCCUGGUUGGAACACCUCAGAAAUCUUGAUCUUGUGAAAGAGGAAGAACAGGUUAAACAUUUUUGCAGCCAAAAGUGGACUUUGUUGCUGAUAUUUCUUUGAUAUUUUUGGGGUAUAUUUCUGUAGAACUGGAUUAGCAAACAGAAUAUCUUGUUUUUUUUAUUGGUUUUUUAAAAAUUGUUGCUCAUUUAUCUUUCAUUCCUAUGAAAUGUGACAGAAAUAAAAUGUUUUUGAAACUGUU